GCUCAAACUGAUAUGAGCAACGCAUUCGCCCCCCUGUCGACAAGGACAAACCUUAUUGCAUGAAACUUUUCCACCAAAUUCCCCACUUCUGGUGAAGAUUCGACUCAAGAAGAUGAAGGUCCCAUUGACACUGAGAACCUGCACCAGCUGCAUCAGAAGUAUCUGAUGCCCCGACUGAACUUUUUUUGUGUUCCACAACAGUAAAACGAAACAGCAUAUGGUCGUCAUAAAAAGUGACAUUGAAGAUCAAUGAGGACGUAGACUCAACCCGGCGUGGUCCGCGUCGCAAGUAAGGCACAGAGCUGAGAGCUUUAGUACGUGAGAAGUGAGUAGGAGUACACAUGAUUUUCAAUGCAGAGUACCACCACCAUCGGUUGCUUCCAAAUUUCCCACUGAUGAAGAUUCCACUACUCCAGUAGACCACGCACUGAUCUUUUAUCAGUCUGCGAGGUGCACGUUCUCCGAAGAGAGCAGACAUUGAGGCAGAGCUGAGAGCUUGUACCUGGUGAGUGAGUAAACGUCAAUUCAGAAUACCAGCAUCGGUUGGCGAAACAACCAAUCAUGCUACAAGAACAGUGUUUAAACUGAGAGGUGGUCCUAUAUCAUCUACUGCUAAAAAUGCCUCCGUUAAGUCCGGAUGGGUCUUCUAGAGGGCCUAGGGGUAGAAAUCCACAAGAAAGAGGUGGGAAUCCAGCGGUGAUAUUGCUGAAAAAGGUAGCGGCUUUAGCACUCGCGAAAUUUCGAGAAUACAAGGAGAUCGUAAAAGAUCUCACAAGGAGACACUUUUAUGGCACGACGGCUGUAUCUUCUGCUCGUUGGUAGUUGUACUUGUAGCAUUGAUUCCAUCAUUCUAAGUAGAAAAGAGGGACCUGGUGGAAUGCAAGAAGAAGAAGUAGAAGUCGUGAUUGUUUAAGAUUGAAAAGUACAUCAUUGACAUUGGAAUCAUCAUCAUCUUGCUCCUCGUCUUUCAUAUCCUCCGAUGGGGUCGUGCCGCUUACAUCUGUAUUAUGGGUGGCUUUCUCUUGCUCUUUGCGGGUGUGGUUCUCUUAGCAGCAUUCGACAGCAGAGACGCGCGAGCGGCGCCACAUGGGUGGCCGACGUUUGUAGCAGUAGCUGGAAGCCAGCAGUGGGUUUCCUACUGCAUCAUGAUGGCAUCGGCAACCGUGGUCUUGUCAAUAAACUACUUACCGAAAUUGGAAGGGGAAGCAUGAUGAUUUACCGAAUUUCCUUGCGCGCUUGGCAAAUAAGUCUAAGUCAUGAAAAACGUGAUAUUCAUGACUGAUGUCGAGUGACAACAACAAACAACAACUACCGACGCGCAUCAACAGUUUGCGGAUAACAGAAAAAGUAUAAUGAAAUCUAAAGACGUUUUCGUGUACAAUGAAUAUCGAUGAAAAGUUGUGUGCUGUUGACGUGAUCAGCAUCAGAGCUAGUAC